AUGUCAGCACUUUCUAACGAUGUUAACACUACUUUGGUAAACGUUUUACACGGAUUUGCAUCUCCUAAUAAUGAGAUCCGUUCUGCGGCCGAAAACGCUUUGAAUCAAGAUUGGAUUACAGCGACUAAUAUCGAGGUUUUACUAAUCUUUCUGGCUGAACAAGCUUCUUAUUCCAACGAUUUAACCUCCUCCGCAUUAUCAGCAGUUCUUUUCAGAAAACUGGCACUAAGAGCACCACCUUCUUCGAAAACGGUUAUAAUUGCAAAAAAUAUCACACACAUCGGCCCUGAUGCACUGGCUCACAUUCGUUCUACACUUUUAAAAGGGUUUGUUUCUGAAAGACCUGGUACGAUCAGACAUAAGUUAUCGGAUGCUCUUGCGGAGUGCGCCCAGGAAGAUUUACCAGAAUGGAUGGAAUUAUUACAAACCUUGGUGGAAGCAUUAAAGAACCCGGAUCCAAAUUUCAGAGAGUCUAGUUAUAGAAUUUUAUCCCAAGUACCCCAUUUAAUCAAUCAUGUGGAUGUUGUUGACGUAAUGCCGAUGUUUGAAGCCGGAUUUACAGAUUCUGAUGACAACGUUAAAAUCACAGCAGUGACAGCAUUUGUCGGUUAUUUCAAACAAUUACCCAAGACGAAUUGGGCAAAAUUAGGUGUACUAUUACCAAGUUUAUUGAACAGUUUACCCAAAUUCUUAGAUGAUGGUAAAGACGAUGCUCUGGCGGCAGUAUUUGAGUCUUUGAUAGAAUUAGUGGAAUUGGCACCUAAAUUGUUUAAGGACAUGUUUGGUCAAAUAAUACAAUUUUGCGAUAUAGUUAUCAAAAAUAAAGAUUUGGAAACUCCAGCAAGAACAACAGUUUUGGAACUUUUGACAGUAUUCAGUGAGAACUCUCCUCAAAUGUGCAAAGCUAGUACUCCAUACGGUGAAUCUGUUAUCAUGGAUACUUUAUUAAUGAUGACUGAGGUUUCUGUAGAUGACGACGAAGCAACCGAAUGGAGAGAUUCGGAUGAUGCUGAAGAUGAUGAAGAAGAGGUCGCCUAUGACCAUGCACGCCAAGCUUUAGACCGUGUUUCAUUAAAGUUGGGUGGUAAGUAUUUGGCUCCACCUUUAUUCCAAUGUUUACAACAGAUGAUUGGUUCUUUAGAAUGGCGAGAGAGAUUUGGUGCACUAAUGGCUCUUUCAUCAGCAGCUGAAGGUUGUCGUGAUGUACUUAUCGGUGAAAUCCCUAAAAUUUUAGACAUGGUUCUACCACUGAUUAACGAUCCUCAUCCAAGAGUUCAAUACGGAUGCUGUAAUGUUUUAGGUCAAAUUUCAACAGAUUUUGCUCCGUUGAUUCAGAGAACUUCCCACGAAAGAAUCUUACCAGCUUUAAUCUCAAAAUUGACUACACAGUCUAUCGAUAGAGUUCAAACUCACGCAGCAGCCGCAUUGGUCAAUUUUUCAGAACAUGUGAAUCAAGGUAUCUUGGAACCCUAUUUGGACAGUCUUUUAACCAAUUUACUAAAUUUAUUCCAGAGUAACCAAUUAUACGUACAGGAGCAAGCAUUGACUACUAUUGCCUUUAUCGCUGAAGCCGCAGAGAAGAAAUUCAUUAAAUAUUAUGAUACUUUGAUGCCCAUUUUACUCAAUGUUUUGAAAAUGGAUGUCGAUGGUGCUAAUAGAGUUCUAAAGGGUAAAUGCAUUGAAUGCGCCACUUUAAUUGCAUUGGCAGUUGGUAAGGAGAAAUUCGCUGAACAUUCACAAGAAUUAGUCAAUCUUCUAAUACUGUAUCAAAACAAUGGUAUUCAAGAUGAUGAUCCAAUAAAGACUUAUUUGGAACAUGGUUGGAGUAGAGUUUGUCGAAUUCUACGUGAAGAUUUCGUACCACUUCUACCAAUCGUCUUACCAUCUUUGUUGGAGACUGCAAAGGCUACUCAGGAUGUCAGCUUAAUCGAAGAAGAAGAAGCUGCCAAUUUCCAACAAUAUGUGGACUGGGAUGUGGUUCAAAUUCAAGGUAAGCACAUUGCCAUCCAUACUUCAAUUUUGGAUGAUAAAGUUUCUGCCAUGGAAUUAUUACAAGUUUACAGUACCGUUUUGAAAAAUCUGUUUGCCGUUUAUGUGAAGGAAACUAUGAAUGACAUUGCAAUUCCUUCCAUCGACUUUUAUCUGCAUGAUGGUGUCCGUGCUACUGGUGCUAAUCUAAUACCAGUACUACUAUCAUGUCUCAUUUCUGCUACAGGGGUUCAAAAUGAAGAAGUGCAACAACUUUGGAAAAUGGCAUCUACAAAACUCAUCUCUGGUAUAAUUUCUGAACCUAUGCCAGAAAUUACACAGAUUUACCAUACUGCACUAGUAGGUGGUAUAAGCAUUAUGGGUGAUAAUUGCUUGAGUGAUGAUUUACAAGCUAGAUUCACUAAAGGUGUAGUUGCCAACUUGGCAGAUGUUUAUGAACGUGUGAGGCAACGUCACGGUGAAGACGAUGAGUAUAACGAAGAUAUUGAUAAAGAAUAUGAAGAUUUUACGGAUGAGGACCUGUUGGAUGAAAUCAACAAAUCGAUUGCCGCAGUUUUCAAGACUUCAGGUGGUAAUUACUUUGGCCAUUUCCAAUCUCUAUGGCCUCUAGUUGCUACAUUUUUGGAAGAUAGUGAGCUUAUUUUAAUUUUGUUUGCCCUGGUGGCUAUUUCUGAUUUAGUACAAUAUGGUGGUGAAAGAUCUGCACCUUUCAAAAAUAGUUUUAUCCCCAAAGCAACAGCUUAUUUGGUUUCACCUGAACCAAGCAUUCGUCAAGCGGCUGCCUACUUGAUUGGUGUAGGAGCACAAUCUGCUCCAAACACUUAUGCUGAUGUCUGUAUUUCAUCCUUGGAUAUCCUUUUCCAAGUUGUAAGUAUUCCUGAUGCCAAAUCCGAUGAAAACCAAACAGCUACUGAAAAUGCCAGUGCUUCCAUUGCCAAGAUACUUUAUGCCUUCAACACCACUAUUCCAAACGUGGAAACUUACAUUGCCAACUGGGUUAGAUCUUUGCCAAUUUUAGUUGAUGAAGAGGCUGCUGCAUUUGCUUAUAGAUAUUUGAGCCAUUUGAUAGACACUUUUUCACCAGCGGUGUGUGAACCAUCCACCAUCCCGGUUAUUGUGAAUAAUGUCAUUGAAGCUCUUCAUCACAAGUCAAUACAGGGUAAAAAUGCUUUGGCCGUUGUAGAAUCUACCAAGAAGCUACUAAGCAGUUUAGGUCAAGAUCAAGCUAUGGGCUUACUACAAAGGUAUCCUCCAGAUGUAGCCCAAACUAUUCAAGAAUGGUUUUUUUGA